GCGGGGCGGCACGGAGACGGAGACAGAUCGGCCAGACUAACGAUGUGUUUCGACCGCUUGAGUGUGAUUAUAUAGGGUUAUUAUUAAGACCUUGAACGAUCGGAUUGAGAGCGGGGGUAAUUUUUGGGUAUUAGCGACGCGCAGAAACCCCUCAUUGCAUCAUUGGAGUGCAGUGACGACUCACCCGCACGGGGGACUGCCCGACUACAGAAACAGAGGUAAGUCGGAGAGCGCGGAGAGAAGGAAGGCCUGGGCGAAGCUGCGAGAGACCUGCGGAGAAAAGUGGAGAGCGCCGCCUGACGACCGCCCUGCACCGGGGAGCCGCAGUCAGGAGAGAGCGGGUUACACGUAUUGGCCGUCUGUGAGCCGGGUGAAGCUGGCGUGAAACGGAGACAAUGCGCUGACUCAGCCUGUAGUCAACCAGAGGAGGGAAGACUUCGUUCAGUAAAAACGCAGCAGCCCACGGCAGUGCACAUGCACCUCUGAGCUCCCUGCAUCACACACACACAGGACUCCUUGACAGAGGAAUACACACAUACGUGCGGCAGCACACAGAGCAUGCGAAAUCCACCUGUUGAAAGCACUUGAAACUACACACAUACACAUACAAGCCAGCCCCCCUGUCCACAAAUACACAUACAAGCCAGCCCCUCCUUUCCGCCGCCCUGCCCAGUCCGCAGUGACCAUGAGCGUCCAGCAGGAGGAGACAGAGGGGCUGUACGUGCAGCACCAGUACAUGUGCAGCGAGUGCCACCAGCUCUUCAAUACCCUGGAGGAGGUGCUGGUGCACCAGCAGAGCCACACAGGGGCCGAGGGGGAGGAAGGGGAGGAAGUGGAGCCGGAGGUGGGCCAGGCGGAAGCCCAGCAGGCCCUGGGGGAGAGCCAGUACCAGUGCCUGGAGUGCGGCACCCUCCUCAGGACGCCCGAGGAGCUGCUGCUGCACCAGGAGCUUCACAUGAGAGAGGGAGGCGUGGAGACGGACCACGAGCUGUGCGAGGUGGUGGAGUCCAGCGAAACCGUGACGGUGCCCCCGGUGUCCGGCCAGAUACAGUACCAGUGUCUGGAAUGCCUGGCCCUGUUUGACACGCCAGAGGUGUGGCUGGCACACAGACAGACGCACAGCAAGAGCGGCACACAGAACACCCUGUCUGAUACGGAGUUUGUGCUGCAGGCAGACGGGACUGUUACCCCUUUAGUCAGUGUUCAGAAUUUGGUUGUGAGUGAACAGCGAGCCGGAGACAUACUCACCCUGGCUCAGGUGCUGGCGGCUCAGCAGCAGGCGAGCCCCGUGCCCCCGGCCCCCCCGCCGCGGGCCGCCCUGCUGCCCUCCCUGUCCCCCAUGCCGGGCUCGGCCACCCUGCGGCUGCAGAUCUGCACGGCGCAGGCCUUGGCGGACGGCUCCACGGCCCCCGGCCUCCGCCGCGCCAAGCUUCUGCCCCCGCUGCUGCCCAGCUGCUCCCCGCUGGACGCCGGCGGCGCGGGGAAGGCGGAGGGCGCGGAGCCGCGGUACCAGUGCGUGGAGGUGGGGCUGGGGCAGGGGGGCGAGGGGGAGGCGGGGAAGGAGGGCGACGACGGGGCGGGCGAGGUGGUCAUCAUCCACCCGUACGAGUGCUCCGAGUGCGCCCUGCUCUUCCAGACCCCCGAGGACUUCCUGCAGCACCAGGGCGAGCACUUCCUGGGCCAGGACAAGGAGAGCGGGGAGGAGGGCGUGAUGGAGGGGGAGGAGGAGGAGGAGGAGGAGGGCGGGGAUGAGGUGCUGGAGGCGGGGCCGGAGGAGAACGGCGGGCCGGAGGAGGAGCGGCCCCGGGGCCCCACCCUCUCGCACCGGCGGCAGCACAGCACCUUCCUCCCGCCCCGCCCCCGCCAGCCCCCGGCCCCGCCCCUCUCCCUGCAGUGCGGCGAGUGCCAGCGCACCUUCACGUCGGCCAACCGGCUGUCGGCGCACCGGCGUGUGCACGAGCACGGCACGCACGAGUGCCCCGAGUGCGACAAGGUGUUCAAGAAGCCGGCGUCGCUGCAGACGCACAUGCGCACGCACUCCGGAGAGGCCCGAUACCUCUGCGUGGACUGCGGACACGGCUUCACCACCGAGAUGACCCUCAUCAUUCACAGAAAGUCCCACACUGCAGAGCCCCUCCACAGGUGCCAGUUCUGUGCCAAGACCUUCACCAACAUGACCAAGUUCCUGUACCACCGCCGCACCCACACCGGCACCGAGGGGCCCCUCGCGGCGGGCGGCGCUGCGCUCGGCUCCCUGGCGCCCCCCGGCGUCAGCGUCACCGACGCGGAGCCCGGCGCCGACCCCGCGGCCCCGUCCCCGGCCCCGCCCCCCCGCGCGGCCUUCCCCUGCCCCGCCUGCGGCAAGGCCUUCCCCUCGCAGCUGUGCCUGGUGCGGCACCGCCGCACGGUGCACGUGACGGAGCGCCGCUUCAAGUGCGGCGUGUGCGGCAAGCCCUUCAAGAAGCAGAUCCACGUGCGCAACCACCUGCGCGUGCACACGGGCGAGCGGCCCUUCCAGUGCAGCGACUGCGGCAAGACCUUCUCCUCGCUCGCCAACCUGUCGCGCCACGGCCUCACGCACUCGGGCCUGCGGCCGUACCGCUGCGACGUCUGCCACAAGGCCUUCACCCAGUCCUCCAACCUGCGGCAGCACCGGCUGCUGCACGCCAGCCCCGCCCCCUUCCCCUGCCCCGACUGCCCCGCCGCCUUCCUGCGGCCCGCCAAGCUGGCCGCCCACCGCUACGCCCAGCACCCGGGGGCGCCCGCGCCCUACCCCUGCCCCCACUGCCCCGCCGGCUUCCUGCGCAAGCGGCAGCGGGACCGCCACUGCCUGGAGGCGCACCCGGAGCUCGUCCACGCCGAGGCCGACGCCCCCCUGCUCGUGGCCGACGCCACCCACCCCGCUCCCGCGGAGGGCGCGACCCUCGACCAGACCGCCCCCGCCGGGGGCCCCGACCCGGCCGCCGGCAUCCCCCUGCCUCCCCGCGGGGGCCUGGACUGCGCCGUCUGCGGCAAGCGGCUCAACUCGGCCGCCAACCUGCGCCUGCACCAGCUGAGCCACGCCCGCCGCCGCCCGGCCCCGCCCUCCUCCUCCUCCGCCGCGCCCCGCGGGAAGGGCCACCAGUGCCCCGUGUGCGGGAAGCUGUUCGUGUCGUCGUCGGGCGUGGCGCUGCACCAGCGCGUGCACACGGGCGAGCGGCCGUUCCCGUGCCCGCAGUGCGGCAAGCGCUUCCGGCAGAACACCCACCUGCGCGAGCACCUGCGCACGCACUCGGGCGAGCGGCCCUUCCGCUGCGACACCUGCGGCAAGGGCUUCGUGCAGAGCAUGCACCUGGCCGAGCACCGCCGCACACACACCGGCGAGCGGCCCCACGUCUGCGCCGUCUGCGGCAAGGCCUUCAAGACCUUCUCCAACCUGCGCAGCCACCGCAAGACGCACGCCCGGGCCCUGCAGGAGGAGGGGGCGGCGGCGGCGGCGGGCGGGGCC